ACCGCAUUGUUGUGGGGGAAGAGAAGCUCGGCCAUCCGCCGUGAGUCCACUCCGAAACUGCUUGUUGUAGUCUUUUAAGCGUUUGCCCUUCCUUCCCCGGAAUACCCCGUCUCGUCGCCCUGGAUCCCUGCCGCACCCUCUCAGCCUUGACUCGGUUCGGAGCGAGCCGCGGCGGCCGGUGGAGGAGCAGACUGAAUGUGGAUUUAACUGCCGCUUCGCUCCGCAGGCCGCGCCGCCAUUGCUGCUGUUUUUAUAAGCUGAAUUCGUAAGAAUACCCCGCGUAAGCAUGAAGAAGAAAGGUCGAAACCACCGCCCGGCAGCCCUAAAGAGGGACUCCUCCCCCAUCAAGCCGUCCCCCAACCGGGAGACGCUCACCUACGCGCAGGCUCAGCGGAUGGUGGAGCUGGAGGUGGACGGCCGGGUGCACCGGCUCAGCAUCUACGACAAGCUGGACGUCAUCAUGGACGACGACCCGACGGCCCAGGAGAUCCUGGAGUGCAACAGCAACAAGGAGAACAACGAGAAGCCCCAGCAGGUCCUGGUGCGCUCCGUGCGCCUCAAAAACAACCAGCAGAAGAAGAACGCGGCUCUCACCACGUCGCACGGCGGCGGCGCCAGCCACGGCGUCGCCGGCACAGGUGGCCUUUUAGAGCCCAAGGUUAGAACGGUCGAAUACAACCUGCCGGUCGUGCCCAAGAGGCCAGUGGCUUAUUACAAGUACACUGAGAGGACAGCAGAGGAGCUGGACGAGGAGGUGGAGUACGACAUGGACGAAGAGGACUACGCCUGGCUGGAGCUCAUCAACGAGAAAAGGAAAAGCGAGGGCAUCAGUCAGGUGUCGCACAAUCUCUUUGAGUUUCUCAUGGACCGCUUCGAGAAGGAGGCGUACUUGGCCACGCAGGGUCAAAACGACUUGCAGUCGAUGGUGGACGAGGACGCCGUGUGCUGCAUCUGCAUGGACGGCGACGGGGCGGACAGCAACGUCAUCCUCUUCUGUGACUCCUGCAACAUAGCCGUGCACCAGGAGUGCUACGGCGUGCCGUACAUCCCCGAGGGCCAGUGGCUCUGUCGCCACUGCCUGCAGUGCCCGUCGCGGCCGGCCGAGUGCGUCUUCUGCCCCAACCGGGGCGGGGCUCUGAAGAAGACGGACGACGACCGCUGGGGCCACGUGGCGUGCGCCCUGUGGGUGCCCGAGGUGGGCUUCUCCGACACGGUGUUCAUCGAGCCCAUAGACGGCGUCCGCAACAUCCCGCCCGCUCGCUGGAAGCUCACCUGCUACCUGUGCAAGGAGAAGGGCGCCGGGGCGUGCAUCCAGUGCGACAAGAUCAACUGUUACACCGCCUUCCACGUCAGCUGCGCCCAGAAGGCUGGCCUCUUCAUGAAGAUGGAGCCCGUGAAGGAGGUGACCUCGUCGGGCGCCACCACCUUCUCCGUGAAGAAGACCUCCUACUGCUGCAGCCACACGCCCGAAGGCUGCGACCGGCGGCCGCUCAACAUCUACGAGGACCCGCACCCCAAGAACGGAGCCUGCCUCAAACGAGGGGAGAAGCGGGGCAAAUCCCGGGCCAAAGGCUGGCAAAAGAAGAAGAACAAGAGAGCCGAGCCCGAAUCGGAACCGCCGCCCGAGACGCCGACCAACUCCGGGCCGAGUAUCACCGCGUCGAGCUUCAACACCAUCCUGAACCAGGUGGCGGUCCAGAGGAAGCGUCCGUUCGUCGAGCGGGUUCUGAGUUACUGGGUGCUGAAGAGGCAGUCGAGGAACAACGUUCCGCUGAUCCGCCGGCUGCAGGCCAAUCCUCAGCCGCCUAAAGCCAAGCAGAUGCUGGACCGUAACGAGACAAACAAAGCACUGAAGGAGCAGCUGAAGGAGUGGCACCGCCUCCGCCACGACCUGGAGCGAGCGCGCCUGCUGCUGGAGCUCAUCAGGAAAAGAGAAAAGCUUAAAAGAGAGGAGAUGAAGCUGCAGCAGUCUGUGCUGGAGGUCCAGCUGACCCCCUUCAACAUCCUGCUCAGGGCCGUGCUCAAGCAGCUGCAGGAGAAGGACCACUACAGCAUCUUCGCUCAGCCCGUCAGCACCAAGGAGGUACCGGACUACCUGGACCACAUCAAGAACCCCAUGGACUUCUCCACCAUGAGGAAACGCAUCGACGCCCACGAAUACAGGAACCUGGAAGACUUCGAGGCCGACUUCAACCUCAUAAUCUCCAACUGCAUGACGUACAACUCCAAGGAGACCUUCUUCUACAAAGUGGCUCAGAGGAUGCAGGACAACGGGGGCACCGUCCUGCGCCGCGCCCGCAGGGAGGCCGAGAGGAUCGGCUUCGACUUCCCCAGCGGGCUGCACCUGCCUGAGCCCCCCAAGCCGGAGACGCCGAAGCCCUUCACCUGGGACGACGUGGACCGGCUGCUGACCCCCUCGUACCGCCAGCUGACCCCUCUGGAGGACCAGCUGAAGGAGCUGCUGGAGAAGCUGGACCUGAGCGUGGCCAUGAAGCACAGCCCGUCACGCAGCAAGCGGCUCAAGCUCCUCAAGAAGACCAUCAUGGAAGUCCGCAGUGAGAUCAGCCUGAAGAAGUCCCUUCCCCCACCUCCUCCGCCGCCGCCGCCUCCGCCGCCGCCACCAGAGUCCGAUCUGCCUGCAGACUCGGAGCAGAAACCUGCACCUGAACCUCCAGCAGGCCUUUGCACUCCCACCGAGGACAACUCUUCACCUCCGCCAACGUUACAGCCCUUCACCUCACCGUCGGACUCGGAGCCGCCGCCUCUGAAGCCCGUCAAGCUCCUCUCAGACCAGGUACCCAUGGAGGUCGACGGCGACGCCAACACACCUACCUCAGAGCUGCCGGGCACGCCCAACGGCCACGUCCCAGAGCCGCCGCGGCCCGACGGCGACCACGGCGCGGAAUCCCCCGGCGGCUGCGGCCGGCGCAGCGGCAUCCUCUUCCGCAAGUCCAAGAGUGCCAGCCCGCAGAAACCAGCAAAGAACGCAGACUCCCCGACCGCCGGCGCCCCGCAGUCGCCGCUGGGCGCCAAGACCUUCCUGUCGGUGGUCAUCCCCAGGCUGGAGACGCUGCUCCUGCCCAAGAAAAGAACGCGCAGCAGCAGCGCCGACAGCGAGGAGGACAAGGAGUCGCCCGUCAAGCGGCUGGGGACAGGAAUGGCGAAUGGAUUUGUGGUAGAGGAGGAAGACGAGGAGGAAGAGGUGGUCACGCAGCCGCCCCGCCCCCUGGAGCCGCGCCGCCGCUGUGCGUCCGAGUCCAGCAUCUCUUCCAGUGGAAGCAUCCUCUGCAGCACCAGCACCGUCAUCAUGUCUAAAAGCAGUAAAGGGCGGCCGGCGGCGGCUCGGCGGAGCACCGUGGACGACAAGAGCGCUCUGAUGACCUGCAUCGAGAACGGAGAGUUCACCAAAGCUGCCAAGAUCUCCUCCGAGGUGUGGAAGCCCACCGCUGCUUCUCCAUUUGUUCUGGAGCCUCUUAAACUAGUUUGGGCUAAAUGUAGUGGAUAUCCCUCCUUCCCCGCCCUGAUCAUGGACCCCCGGCUGCGGAGGACGGCGUGCCGACACCACGGGGUGGAGCUUCCCCAACCGCCGCUGGACGUUCUCAGGCUCGGCGAGCGGAUGCAGUUCCGGUCCGCAGAGAAACUCUUCCUCGUCCACUUCUUCGACAGCAGACGCAGCUGGCAAUGGCUUCCUAAAUCCAAGAUGGCGCCGUUCGGGGUGGACUCCCUGCUGGACAGAAGCAAGCUGCGGGAGGCGCGCCACUCCUCGCUGCGCAAGACCGUGCGGCUGGCCUUCGACCGGGCCAUGAGCCACCUGAGCCGCGUCGGCAGAGAGGCGGAGUCACGGAGCGGCGGCCCGGCGGUCCGAGACUGAAGCCCCUCCCCCUCUCCCCCCCUCCCCCACCCACCUUUCAACACAGCCACUGUCCAGGCUUCAUACGCACAACAGACACACUUCUUCAUGUUUACCUUUGGUUUUUUUACUUCUACAUUUUCCUGCAAACUGGACCCCCUCCUCCCCCCCCCCCCCCCCCCCCCCCUCCCCCCAAUCUGAGAAUACUGUAGCUGGUGACGGCCGCCUCGUUUUGUCCCAGAAGCUAUGCAAUGACUCGGUCAGUGAGUGGAGAGAAAACUUAACAGACGGGAUCAAAAUGAGAGAAUCGAUUCCGCCUGUUGAAUGUGUCAGAGCGCCUGACCUCUGACCUCUGACCCCCUUACAUGUGCUGCAAGGCUGCUGCGACCAGGUCACUGCCAUCCAAGCACCCAUCAGUGUGUCUGUGAGAGAGAGAGAGAGAGUGUGUAUGUUUUGUUUGUGUGUAUGGUCUUGGGUGAAGGUGUGUUUGUCCAUAUGUUGGCGUGUUUGUUUAUUGUGUGUGUGUGCGCAGCAGCCUCUGUACCCCCCCCCCCCCUCCCGUCCCCUCGGUCUGACACUACCUUCCUCCUGCGCUCGGUCGGCUCUCCGGGAGCCGUGGUGGUUAUUUUGUUUUGCUGGUGCUAUCUCCUCAGAGAGACGACAAACAAACAAACAAACAAACAAACAUACUGUACUGAACAUUUUCACUUCAGCUUCUUUUCUACAUUGUUUUCUAAGUUAUUGAGUUCUCAAGCUUCUGGCAUUAACUGUGUGUGUGUGUGUGUGUGUGUGGGUGUGCGCGCGCGAAUCUUGUUUUUUUGUUUGUUCUGUUUUUGUUUAUUUUUAUUUUUUUUUUACCUGAAUGUUUUUACUGGACUUCUUUUCUUUCUGUUAGUUUGUACAUAUUUAUAUGAGAUCUAUAUAGAAGCUGUCAGAGUUUAAGAAGCCCGAAGUGCAUCAUUCAACACCAAAACCAAAAGAGAGAGCGAACUGCAGCCCACAGGUUCCCCACUAAUGUUUCUUGUUUUUCUUUUUUUUGUUUUGGCCUUUCUGCCUCCGUUCACACUGCAGGCCGAUGAGACCCGGUUCUGGCUUUCUGCUCUCAGUCGGACCACAUCUGAGGAAGCUGUGCUCUCUUUUUACUCCUCCUUGAAUCAUUCUCUCUAAAUUUCGUCUCGUUGAAUCAAUUAAAUCUGAUCAGUCGGAAAGCGGAGCUGAGCCUGAAGGCCUGCAGUGUGAAGGGAGUGUGUGUGUGUGUGUGUGUGCGUGUGUGUGCUGUGGUGUGUGAGCGUUCCCAGAGUCCUCUGUGCCUCUACUAAUUUAUUGUAAAGCAGAAGCUGUGUUUGCAUCACUUUAUAGAGCGAGAAGCUGCAGCUCCUCCUCCUCCAAUCAGAAGCAUUAGGUGUGGAGCGGCGCUGGCUGGUGCAGCAGGGACACUGUGCUGGGUUUGUCUUGGGUUUGUUUGUUUUUUUUUUUAUUUGUUUUGUUUAGUUGAGUUGUUUUUUGGGCCUCUCUGGAUGUGGAUGUUGCGUGUACAUAGAUUUGGUACUUUUAGCUGAUUCUCUGGGAAGUUUAAAAAA